AAGACCGGAAAGAUGGACGAAGAACGAGGCCCACCUCGAUCCAAACAAACCUAGCUUGCAGGCAACCUUCGAAGCCAGCAUCCUCAUCCACCCACGCACUAUGCAACCCAUCAAUCAUCUUUAAAAUGCAAGACGUUUAACUAGGACCACCGCGCUAUCACGAUAAUUUAUACCGUCUAAAAACAAGAUAUAAUAAGGAAAUCUCAAUUAAACUAGUCGAAAAACCGCGCUCACCUAAACGCUGACGUAACGAGCGGCUAUUAAUAUUCUUUGUAGGUUAAGUCUGGUUUCCUCCAGGUUCGCUCUCCUAAAAAUAAUCGCACUGCAGCUAUGUUCUUCUGACUGUGAUUUUGAAUCUCAUCAAUACUCUUCACUCAAAAAUGGCUCUGUUAGGAGUCCAACUAGUCAUCACCUUGGUGAUGAUCAGUGUGAUGCAAAAAUUGGGGCCACACUUCUCGAUCGCCCGAUGGCUACUAUGCUCAACCGGUCUGGUCAGAUAUCUGUACCCCACAGACAGCGAACUCAGGCAAGCUGCGAACGUUCCCAAAGACAAGCAGAAGGGCAAGAAGGGAUCCAAAUCACAAUCGAAUGGCACAGCCCCGACCAAAGAAACCUUCCACAUACCGAAAAAUAUUGACAUCGAUUUGGAUACUAUAAAGGUGUCUCCUUUGGAUGUCAUCCAUCUGAGAUUCUACAUGGAAUAUCAAUGGCUCCUGGAUUUCUCCAUUUACGCAGCUGUUGUUUAUAUUGCAACAGAGGUGUACCAUGGUUUCUUUCCUUCAAAAGAUGAGGUUAAUCUCAGCAUGUUGUGGAUCUUCCUAGUCAUUAUUUUCGCAAGUAAAAUGCUGUUAUCGUUGACGAUACAGUAUUUCAAAGGAGAGGAAUCUGUGGGUGAAAGGUCGACGUGCAUCGUGAUGGGUUUCGUCUACUUCCUGCUCUCGAUGAUGGUGCUGAUCGUCGACGAAAACACGCUGGAGGUGGGCUUGGAGACGGCCUACAGCAGCUUCAAUCAGAGCGCUUCCGCGUUCUUAAACAAACAAGGUUUAAGUUCGAAUGGACCGAUUUCUAAAUUGAUUCUGAAAUUAUGUAUGGCUCUAUGGUGCGGCGUUCUUGGAGCGUUCUUCACGUUCCCCGGUUUGAGAAUCGCCCGGAUGCAUUGGGAUCUGUUAAAGUAUUACCAGGAUAGACGUUUCAUUCAGUUGCUCUUGAAUUUGGCGUACGCUUUACCGUUUCUUUUGGUCAUCGCGUGGAUAAAACCGGUGAGCAGAGAUUAUUUGACGGUGCGCAUCUUCAAGGGUUUCACGGAGCCUCUGUUGACCGCUUCCGCCUUCGAUACGCUCCGCAUCGUCUUGAUCAUCGUCACGAUGAUACUAAAGACAGUCCUGAUGCCUCUGUACUUGCAAGCUUAUCUGGAUAUGGCUAAAAGACGCGUGGAGGAGCUGAAGAAAGAGGCCGGUCGGAUAACGAACGUCGACUUCCAGAAGCAGAUCGCUGCGGUCUUCUAUUACCUCUGCGUCGUCACGCUCCAAUACAUCGCGCCUCUGGUGAUGUGUCUGUACAUGGCCAUGAUGUACAAGACGCUCGGCGGUUACAGCUGGAACGGCAUGUCUUCAAUCGUCGAGUCGGAAGCGGAAUGUUCGAUUCCCGAAGUCGCCGCCGCGGAAACCGCAGCCAAAACCAUCACGGAGAACGUGCAGGAGUUUCAUUUAGCUUUGGAUAGUUUGAAAACGGUGUUCACUCAGGACGUGUUCAGAGGGUUGUUCGGAUUCAGCACCUGGUGGUGUUGCUUCCUCUACUUCGCCACAACCUCUUUGGGUAUCUGCUACCAAACGUACUUUACCUCAAGAUAAGUCUUUCGAGUGCAUUUUCGUGGAGAGACCGAGGACUUCAAGACAUUUAAUUUAAGACAUCGUUCGAAAGGUUGUGCCAUUAUUUUUAAGUUUUAUUUAUUUCAGCGGAUUUUCAGGAAAAUUGAAUUACAAUCUUGAUAAUUAAUCAAUAAAAAUAGUACAAUUCUUUAGACAAAUCU